UUUUUUAAUAGUUGUUGCCGUUCAGUGAUCACGCAUGUCAUUACUGCUAGUUUUUAGCUUCAUUCAAGGCAAAAUCAGUCAUCGAAAACGCACGCACAUGGGGCGGUUCAAUUAAAUGACGAAAAAUUAAUUCAAUAGUUGUCAAUUAAAUGAUCGUUUCGUGCGGAUAGGUUUGCAAAAAUUUUGCGCGCGAAAUAUUUCACAGAGCGAUAAAAAGUGUCUAAUUGAAAAGUAUAUAUGUUUUCCCUUUCCUCGUUAUCAAAACCCUUCCGACGCAGGACAAGGGUUGGUGAGGGUGAACUGUUGGAAAUUGAAAAAACUCGAAUCAACGAUGGCUUAGCGAGUGAUAAUCAGUUAAAGAUUGUACGAAGAUUUGCAGAGAGACUUGGUUGUGUUGGCGGAACACGGGAGAUGUCCGCAGAGGAAAAAAUGUACCACGAUUUGUUCGCUGUCAACAGCGAAACAGAAGAUUGUGGCCACACGAAAAAGACACCGAGAAGGAAGAGCGAUAAAGAAGUUCAACUUUCUGAAGUGAUAUUUGAAAAAAACAACGACGAAGACAACGGUGGCGAUAACUUACCAUGCUGUGACACAGUUCACACAGAAGACCUCACUUGCCGAGACGUAACUCGUCAAAUUGCCUCAGAAAUUGCCGUCGAGUGUCGUCAGUUGGCAAAAGACGACAACGAAAGAAAGGAAAAACAGUUGAAAUUAAAGUUGGGCAUUUCUGACACGCCUACACAACAGCUUGCGAAAAUAGGGCAAUAUGUCAAUGCAGAGAGUUCCGACUCAAGCGUCCAUGUCCGAGAAUUGAAUGUAGAACCUCUUUGUGAGCUUGCCAAAGAGGAUAUCGAAGUCAAAGAGAACAAACGUUCAAAAAGAAUGAAACGAAAGCACAGAAAGGUGAACCCUUUAUGUGAUUCGACUACAGGCAACAACUCAGUGAAACCUGAACCUUGUCCAAUGAAGAAACUAUCUGAUAUCUACAAAAUGUUUCAAGGAUCAACGUCAAGUGACAUCCACUCCCGAGAAGUUCUCUCCGUCGAACCAGAUGAUGAGUUCAACAGAGGUGUUGAGAAAGCAGAUGCAGAAGGUAAACAUCGUUUUUUAGGCGAAAGAAAGUGA